AUGCUUUAUUACCGCCCUUAAAUAAUGAUAUGCUCACGGAUAAAGAUGAUAGUGAAAUUAAUAAUAAUGAUCUUCUCUACGAAAUGAGCGAUCUUGAAGAGCUUGUAAAUAUUAACUUUAGAGAUAAUGAUGAAGGUAAUAAGGUUGAAUUUUCUGCGAUAAUAAAAAUUGAAAGUGAAUUAGUAAAUGAAAAAGUAUUAUUGUUAGAGUUAAAUAAUCAAGAGAUGGAAAUGGAUCAUGAAGGAACAUUAUCACCAAAAUUGGAUUAUGAAAUAUC